GAGUGGUUCCCCGGUGACGGCGGCGGCGCGGCGCGGAGGGAUCCGCCGUGUCCUGGCAGAGCGGCGGCCGCGGCGCGGCCCGGCCCGCCCGGCGCCGGCAUGUUCAAGAACACCUUCCAGAGCGGCUUCCUCUCGGUGCUCUACAGCAUCGGCAGCAAACCGCUCCAGAUCUGGGACAAGAAGGUGCGCAAUGGCCACAUCAAGCGAAUCACGGACAAUGACAUUCAGUCACUGGUGCUGGAGAUUGAAGGAACAAAUGUCAGUACCACGUACAUCACGUGCCCUGCUGACCCAAAGAAGACCCUGGGCAUCAAACUACCUUUCCUAGUGAUGAUCAUCAAGAACCUGAAAAAAUACUUCACUUUUGAAGUGCAGGUGCUGGAUGACAAGAACGUCCGUCGGCGUUUCCGGGCGAGCAACUACCAGAGCACGACGCGGGUGAAGCCCUUCAUCUGCACCAUGCCCAUGCGGCUGGACGACGGCUGGAACCAGAUCCAGUUCAACCUGUCCGACUUCACGCGCCGCGCCUACGGCACCAACUACAUCGAGACCCUGAGAGUGCAGAUCCACGCCAACUGUCGCAUCCGACGGGUGUAUUUCUCUGACCGGCUGUACUCAGAGGAUGAGCUCCCAGCCGAGUUCAAGCUGUAUCUGCCUGUCCAGAACAAGGCCAAGCAAUAACAUCACGUUGCGAAGAGAUGUUGGCGUGCAAAUUGUACAGAGUCAGAGUUUUCCUGGCUGUUCCUAAAGUGCUGAGCCUAAACUCUGCAGGUGGCCUGGUACCCAGUCUUGUCUUGCUCAAAGUGGCCACUGU